GGCUUGUGAGCUGAGCCUUCACAGUUUUCUCUGAACAAUGGGGAGAAGGGUAUUUGGAGUUGGACUGAAUAGGUCCCCUAAAGGGACAUGCCUAGGCCCACACUUUCCCUGGCUCUUGAUCCUUGGGACUCUGGUAACCUCUGUAGUUGCUGGUAACUUCUCAACUACCAGCUUCCCAGGCACAGUCACUUGCUAUGAUGAUGAAAUAAAGAUUGGAUUUCCCGAAGAUCUUGACAGCAAGUCUUGGCAAGCAUACCUAGUUGAUUCCUUUGGUAACAAAAUCUUGAAUUGUACUCAUAUUAUGAAUUCAAAUAAUCUCACCUUGAGAGCCAUGUAUAAGAACUGUGCUGAAAUGGUGCAUGGUAUGUAUCAAGUGAACCUCAAAUUCCUGCCCAAUGGUACUGUGAACCACCAGGUUGUAACCUACCGGCUCAGCUGUCCUGCCACUCAAGCUGAUGAGGUUAUAGGUGAAACUUUAGCAGCCACAAACUGUACCAAGGAGUUCAUGUCUGUCUCAUUUCCACAAAUCCUACCCAGUUUUGAUGACGAGACCAUGGAUAGGGAACCUCAGGUAUCUUGGACUCUCAUUGUGGGUGAGAGUCCCAGAAGGCAAAGGCUUACGCUUCAGGAAGCCAUGCAACAGGGCUACAGUUUUAUCAUUGACAACAGCAAGAUCAUCUUGCGAGUUUCCUUUGAUGCUGUUGGAGUCUCCCACUAUGAGCAAGAAAAUAAUCACCUGUAUACUGUGGCUCUUGAGCUUACCUAUGGGCCUCCUGAACAAAGGCUUAGUCUUUCAUCCCGAAUGAUUUGCAUAUUAGGUCCAGCCACCUGUAAUUCAACACAUCUGACUCUUUUUAUACCAGAGUUUCCAGGGGCAUUGAUAGCCAUAAACGUAGACAGUCAUAAUGUCCCCAUGAAUAUGUCAAAGACCAGUGGCAUUGCUCUAGAGUCAAAUGGCUCAAGGCUACACUUCAACAAAAGGAUUCUGAAAUCUAAAAUGUCUGAGAAUGAGGCAGAUAUUCAGUUUUACUUACCUUCAGUCAAGCUGACUUUUCAGUAUUCUGGGGAGAUGGUAUCUGUGAUCCUCUAUCCCGAGUCCUGUGAGUCACCAGUUUCAGUAGUUGUUGAUGGCACAUGUACCCCGGAUGGCUUUAUGAACUUUGAAGUCUACAGCCACCAAACAAAGCCAACCUUGAACCUAGACACUCUCCAAGUGAGAGAUACAUCCUGCCAGUGGGCCUUUAAGGAUCCCUCUCAAGAGAUGGUUCGAUUUCACAUACCUCUGAAUGGGUGUGGAACAAGAGCAAAGUUUGAAGGAGACCAAGUCAUCUAUGAAAAUGAAAUACAUGCUCUUUGGGCAGAUCUCCCCCCAAGCAAAAUUACUAGAGACAGUGAAUUUAGUCUGACAGUGAGAUGUUUCUACAGCAGCACCGAUAUCUUGGUCAGAACGAAUAUCAGUAAUCCUCCUUCUCCAGUGGCUUCAGUGAAACCAGGACCACUUUCCUUAAUCCUACAAAUCUAUCCAGAUGAGACUUAUCUCCAUCCUUAUAAGGAUGAUCAGUACCCUAUAGUGAAAUACCUACGUCAACCAAUUUAUAUGGAAGUUCAAGUUCAAAACAGAAAUGAUCCAAACCUCAAACUAGUCUUGGAUGACUGCUGGGCAACAGCAUCAGUGGACCCUGCCUCUCUUCCACGAUGGAAUGUGAUUGUGGAUGGCUGUGAUUAUAUACUAGACAACUACCGUACAAAAUUCCACAAUGUAGGUUCUGUGAACUAUCCUAAUCACUACCGAAGGUUUGAAGUGACAACUUUUGCCUUCGUAUCUCAGGGCCAAGCUCUCUCUAACCUGAUCUAUUUCCACUGCAGUGUCUUGCUCUGUGAUCGGUUCUAUCCAGAUUCUCCUUUGUGUUCAGUGACUUGUCCCGCAUCAUCUAGGAUGAAAAGAGAUAUCAUUGCAGAAAAGUCUACAAUAACAAGUCUUCCUGGACCUGUCAUCUUGUUAUCAGAUCAGGUCCCCUCAUUGAGAGGACCUACAGACACUAAAAGGCCUUGGUAUGAAGGAACAAGUAUUGCUCUUCAAGUAGGGUCUAUUAUAAUAGCAGAGAUAUUUGUUGUGGCAGUAAUUUGUCUAGUUAAAUGCAUACCAAGCAGGACAAAAAGAUGUGAGUUAACAAAUGAUCUUGCUUAAUAAAGUUAGUCAAGUAACAA